UGUAUGAAGUAAAAGAGAACAUAACAUCUGGUUGUUUUAAAAUGACUUCUUAUGACAUUGUUCGCCAGAAUAAACGAUGGACUGGAGAUUUUACCAAUCUGCGUUACCCACUCCAGUCAGCAGAUGGCGAUGAGAGGCUUUCAGGUGAUGUUUCUUGCGUGACGUAUAAUCUAGUGGACGGAAAGCUUCAACGGCAGUAAAAGACUACUGAUUCAACCACUUCGUUAGCGCACAUUAAACCAGUCUUGUUAAUAUCAAUGUCAGUGUUUAUUAAACAUUAUUCUGUUUUACGUAUUGACUAGUUGAAAAAAAAGGUAUUUGCUUAUCUAGCUAGCUAACAUCCCGACCAUGAGCUCACUAAGAUAUUGUUCUUAUUGUUAACGUUACUGCACUAGGCUAAUCGCUAAUGCUAACUAUCUAGCUAACAUCCCGACCAUGAGCUCACUAAGAUAUUGUUCUUAUUGUUAAGGUUAAUGCACUAGGCUAAUCGCUAAUGCUAACUAUCUAGCUAACAUCCCGACCAUGAGCUCACUAAGAUAUUCGGAGAAAGAAGCUCGAGGGCUGAACAUCAUCGUAAAAGAAGAAGAGGAAGAAGCUUUAAGAAUAAAAAAGGAAGAAGAGGUGGAUAUUACAUUGAAAGAAGAGAAGGAACCUUUUGGAGUAAAAGAGGAAGAGGAGGCUAUCUCAAUAAAUGACGAGGAGGAGGAGACUGAAGAUCCUGUUAACACCAGAGAGAGACAUGACUAUCGUGGAUCCUCUGCGGAGCCUCAACAACAUCCUGAUGCUGACGAAGAAGAGAAGAGACUCUCCAGAUCAGAACACCAGAUGGACAACGCUAGCCCUUCCUCCCUCCCGGAGUACCCGUGUCGUGCCUCUCCCGGUAGCGCCUUACUGCUGGGUAUGAAGAGGUUGUCUGUGCUGCUGGUGGACUACAGGAAAACAACGGGGCUGAGUGGAACUGUGAGAGGAGGAGAAGAGAAGAAAGGAUCAGAUUUGACUCAUCAAAGAGAAAGACCAGACUCUGAGGAACCAGAGGAAGAAACGUCCAAACCGGCAAGACCAUACCACUGCUCCCAGUGUGCGAAGAGUUUUACCCAGUUAGGGAACAUGAAAAGACACGAGGGGGCACACACAGGUGAUAAACCUUACCACUGCUCCCAGUGUGGAAAGAGUUUUACCCAGAUAGGGUCCCUGAAAAAGCACAAGAGAAUACAUCCAGGAGAAAAGCCAUACCACUGCUCCCAGUGUGGAAAGAGUUUUAACCAGUCAAGGGACCUGAAAGAUCAUAAGAGAAUACAUACAGGAGAAAAGCGCCACCACUGUUCCCAGUGUGGAAAGAGUUUUACUCAGUUAGGGAGUCUGAAAAGUCAUAAGCGAAUACACUCUGGAGAGAAGCCUUAUCACUGCUCCAAAUGUGGAAUUGCUUUUUCAGUGUUAAAAACCUUGAAAAUGCAUGAGAGAAUACACACAGGUGAGAAGCCUUACCACUGUUCCUACUGUGGAAAGAGUUUUAGACAAUCGCAACAGCUGAAAAAACACGAGAGAAUACACACGGGAGAAAAGCCUUACCACUGUUCCCAGUGUGGAAUGAGUUUUAGGCAGUUAACGAGCCUCAAAGGUCAUAUGCAAAUGCACUCUGGAGAGAAGUCUAACACAUGUUCUCAUUGUGGAAAGAGUUUUCUGAGGUUAAGCAAUCUGAAAUCGCAUGAGCAUAUACACACAUACAACAAGGAAAAGCUCUACCAAUGUUCCUUCUGUGGAAAGUGGUUUUCCCAGUUAGAAGCCCUGAUUAUGCAUGACAGGACACACACAGGAGGGGAUAAGACCUACCACUGCUCCCAGUGUGGAAAAAGAUUUAAUUGGUUAAGGCACCUGAAUAAGCAUGAAAGAAUACAUACACAGGAGGAGAAGACAUACCACUGCUCUCAGUGUGGAAAGACAUUUUCCCAGUCAGAGGACCUGAAAUCACAUGAGAGAAUAGAGAGGCUGUGUUCUGACUUGUGUUUCUGACUGAUCAUUUGUGUUUUUGUUUCAUGCCACGUGAAAUCAAAUUGUAUGUAUGAAACCAGAAAAAAAGGUUUACUUUUGUUUGUUUUUUCAUUUUGAGACAUGAUCAUGUCUAAUAUCAGAUUAAAUAUUUAAAAUUGUCUAUUUGGUUUUGAUGAGCUUUGAUUGAUUUGAUAAGUAUAAACCCUCUGUUGUUCAUCAUAUGAUUUUCUAUUUGUUAAGGGAUUUUUUUAAUCAAUAAUGACUAAUUAUGUAUACAUUUCAAUCAGGACUGACUAAUCAGAAUACAAAUUAUGUUACUGUAUAUGUAUGAAUUUUCUUUUAAUCCUAGUACUGAAUAUAAUGUGUGUAAAUAUAAUCAAGAAUUAGAACAAUGACUGGUAGAAAUGAAUGAACUUAUCGUCGGACUGGCAAGAAUGCUUAUCUACACAGGUAGACCUUGGCUCGGUCAUAAAUUAUCUAAAUUGGUGGGAGACGAUGUGGGAAGGCUUGAGAACUAUACAGCCAUUGUACUGGUGUGGAGAAGAGACGGUACGAAGACUAAUGAUGUCAUUUUCAGUUUAUAACCCGUUGUAAAAUGUUUCAUGUUCAGUACUCUCGAGAAUAAAUGCUGCUGAUUGAUUUUGA